CGAAAAAGAAGAAGGAAAUGAAGUUGAAAAGGAAGAGAAGAAGGAGACAGCUCUGGAGUUGAAAGCACGUCAUGACAGGCCAAACAGUUAUUUUCUGUGGGAAUUUAUGAUAAUAAUUGAUAUCAACAAUAAUUGGAACAUGUUGUGUUACCCAAAACGACUAAAAAGUGUGGAAGGGGAAAGCAGCUCCCUAGAAGCUCCGUCUGCACUGUCUUGAACCAAGUCUGAACUUGCUGGCACGGUCCAGGAUUGAUCACGCAAGUGUGUGCAACGCUUCCUGCUAUGGCACAGCAAGAGGAGCCCCUGUAUGAUUUCCCGGAGCCCACCCAGGCGUCAGAGCGCAAGUUCCAGGGCCACCAGCGAGUAGGCGGGUCUCUGAGAAGCGUCAGCGUCCUGGACCGGAUCUUGUUGACCGUGCCUGUCUGGCUGCAGUUGUCAAUCAACCCUGCCACUGCCCUGCACAUUCUGCAGAGGGAACCUCGUGGGACGUUCCUGGUGCGAAGGUCUCGCACAUCCCAGAGAAAUGUGCUGUGUGUGCGCCUGGUGGAUGACAGCGUGCCAUCCUUUGUACAACAGUUUGGCAUCAGGGAGGAGCAUUCGACUCUGUCUCUGGAGACGUCAGCGAUCAGCUUUCCAGACCUCCCGAGACUCGUUUCAUUCUAUUGUGUCAGCAGAGAUGUAUUGCCCUUCCCUCUGGAGCUUCCUGAGGCCAUCGCUAAAGCAACCUCCCACAAAGAGCUUGAGUCCAUCUCUCACAUGGGAAUAGAAUUCUGGAGCUCACAGCUCAACGUCCGAGGGCCGCGGGAGCCCCCGAAGACCCAGACAAGCAAGGAGAAGACACCAGACUCUUCAGUCUCAGCGGCACCCACUGCUACCCUGCAAACAGCCUCUUCAGCGCCACCUGUUACGCAGCCCGAAUCGGACAACCAGACGACUAUCGCUGAAUGUGACCAAAAAUCUGACCCGAAUUCCGCCCUGUUUCGCGAGUUCUGUCCAAUUGAGACGCGCAGCCCCAGGGAGCUGGACUGCGGCUCAGGCCUGGGGGCGCUCUGCUUCAUCAAUCCCCUUUUCUUGCAGUCUCACAAAAUCUUGUCCAAACGCCGCCUCUUGAAACGUAGCAUCAAGGUGCGGGUAUCCACCGAGACGUCCAGCCUGAUGUUGCCCCCGCUCGCUCCACCGCCCCCGCCCCCUCUUAUGCCCAAAACUACAAGAAAGUGUAAAGCCCGGAAAGAGACUACACUCGCACCCCUGGACUCCCAGUCAUCACAAGAUGUCCACCCCUCAUCUGCAAUGGAGGAACAAGUGGAGGUCAAACUCCCGUCAUUGGUGGAGCAUCCUACCGAUGACUCAGACUACCUGCAGCCGUCCUUAGCCAGCACACCCACCGUCUCUCCCUCACUCUCUCCUUAUCCAGCCAAAUCGGUUCCACCACUUCCCCCCAAACUGUCUCGCAGUGCUUGCAACCCUUCUACUGCUUCCCAAUCCAGCCCCUUGCAAUAUCAAUUUCCAUCUCUUUCACCCAGGGCUCCCCUUUCCCUCUCUGCCUCCCCCUAUCAGUCCCCAUCUUCCUCCCCUGAGGUGCCCUUCUCUCUCUCGCCCUUCUUCUCGCCUUCCUUGGCUCAGCUGGUGGAGGCCAGUCAAAUACCGGAAAUGGAAGCCAGGGAGGAAGAGGGAGUAAAUGAGGAUAAGGGAGUGGAGGAAUUACACAAAGAAAUGGAAGCUGCCUCUCUGGAUGGCACAGAUAGCUGUAGUUCCUUCAGUAGUUUUGAGGGGGAGGCAGAGACCCCACAAGAAGGUAAUGACACUGUCCAGCAAACAGCAUCUUAGUAAAUUUAUAAAUGUGACAGUAUUCAACAUUCUCCCUUUGUGUUGAACAUCUAAUUAAAUUAAGGUAUCAGUUUUGGUAUCUGAGUUAAAAAAUAAAUAAUUCAGGAUACAAUAUAAUGUAAACUGUUUCUAAUAAAAAUUCUUUUUUUUGUG